GAUUAUAUGAACUAAAUGACUUCGCAACAGGGUAAAUGAGUAAGUCGCUCUUUCGACAUCUCUAUCAAUUGCACACCUCCUCUAUUUUUGAGAUGCCCGAAACGCACUGUUUCGAAGAAUCUAGAUCACCUCUGUCUAAAGUCUGAGACGACGCCAAACCACAAACCCCGUCCCCCUCGGGCCCUUGAGGUUACAUUUCUUCCUCGCCGUGUCACGAUUUUGAAUUCCCCAGGCCCACUCGCCCGUCCGUCCACGGGUGUCGGCAGGGCUGAAGGCUAUAUAUAACCGCUUGGCUUUGUUUCUGCGCAAUCGCGUCAACAUCUCUCUGAAGCGCUUUCUCCUUUGCCCCGUGCAGCAUGCUCCCAGGUUUGUCGCAGCGAAGCUGUCGUUGUCUCGCCAAUCGUUAUAAGGCGUCAUCAAAAUGAUCUGACGGGACACAGCCCGCUGUCUCGGGAACCUAGAAGGCCAAGAAUCUCAUGAUCGUCUCUGAUCGCGUGCUCCCUUGCCAAAUCCUCCUGCGAACCCUGCUACCAACGUGUGCGCGACUCCUGUAGAAGGUGAUAUCUCCUCGCUCGAGUGAAUGAUCUCUUCCGGGAUAAGAAAGGUUGCUAUUUCGAAGAACGCCCCACCGCUCCGGUCAUCCAGCAGUGAUCGCUGUUCGCCAUCGGCCACAAGAGCCGAGUCUCCAUCGCAAAGUUUCCAGGCCCCAGAUCGGCUCGGCCCUGGUAUCCGUAUCUCUCAUGGACCAUGAUACCGCGGGGGUUCGUGGACGAUUGACUUGGCGUCACAGUUUCCCUGAUGCUUUCUGGCCCCUGCCGUACAAGUCCCCAUGCGAACCGUAGAUGAUUAAUUCGUCUGGUCGCGUAAACGCACACCUACCCACGCGAACCAGUCGUCGACGGCUAGCUGAGGAAUCGAGUGCCACAAGUCCGAUAUCCAAACACCACUGCGUCGACCCUGAGGCCUUCUACCUGUGACAUGCCGGAUCCAGACCCUUAUGAUCAUGCGCGUACCUUCAAUAAUGGAUACCCCCUAACUUGUAAGUCGCGGCCGGUACUAAACACCAAACGGUUUGUGAUAAUCCAGGGCGAGAACGGCUCGGACAACACCGGCCAAGACCGAAAUAUUAGUCUUGUCUCUCUCCUCUUUCGCUGCUUGACAAAAUCGAAUCUCCACUCUCGAGCAGGCAGGCAGGUUUCGAGCAGACGAAUCAGAAUGAAUGCGGCCCCCCAAAGAAGAGUGUGGAAAUUUCUCGGUGGACGCGGGCUCCGUUGCACUACAGCGGCGGCUCCGAAGAUUACUGUGUAAAGGCGGGGACCGAAGCGGGACGCGCGGCUUGAUUGACUUGGUCGUGGGAUCACUUGACCCAGCCUGAUGUGUUGAGUACGAAGUGCGUAUUGAUGUGGUCAACGAUACCUGAGAUCACUCGACGGCAGUGCGGCAUCGUUGGGUUUCCUUACUUGGAGGAUCUGUGGGAGUGUCUCCGUACCGGACGACAGAUGGACCGUGUCGAAAACGCUGGCGUAGCUAUCGACCGCGGGAUUAGUACAGCAUCUAAAAGUCAACGUGCCGGACAAAUCGAAUCUCUAGGUGUCGCUACAGGUAUGCCGGCGCAUCUUGAAAGUGGGUACGGGAUCCUGGAGACCGUCGUUGAACGGCACUUGCGCCGCCUGUUCGGUUCCGUCCCGGGACCUCAUCUUCUAGGAACUGGACCCGAUCCGGGACCCCACGGCCUCCAACCUGCCCAACCCGGCACACCCAGGCAAGCAGCGAGUCCGGUUGAGGACCUAGGUAACCGGGGUAGCCAUCAUCCAGCCGUCCCUCGAUGGGCCGAUGAGCCGGAUCUUGAGACGGCAUGAUCAGAUGCGCUCAAGUAGUGCGUGGAGGCUACCAUCGAACGAGACAUCUCACUCGUAACAUUGCGAGACAGGCUAGCUCGUCGCCGUUGUCAGCUGAACGUUGUGGAUCGCUCCCAUCGUUGAAACGGCAUGGGGCUCCGCGUCUCAUAUGGGGGAUUAUCUCCCUCUUCCUCUCAAGGGACGACAUGAAAGAGACGAAAGCUUGCAUUGUGAACGCGUUUGCAUGCCGAUGAAUUCGAUCGUGACUCGAGGGAUUCGCCUCGACCAUCAAGUUUGGGGUGUUUGGUCGUGUGGCGAAAAUUCGCUUCGCAUGGCGAUAGCGAGAGGAACUGCAAUGCACAACAACGA